AUGGGUGCUAAGAGGGCUCGCGGGGCUAAUCGCUAUACUUGGAAGAACCCGUCAUUUGUCCUCGAGGCCGUCAAGAAGGUCAAGUUCGAAGACCGCCCGGUCCCAACCAUCCAACACCCACAUGAUGUUAUGAUUAACGUCAAAUACACUGGCGUCUGCGGUAGCGAUGUGCACUACUGGGACCACGGCGCAAUCGGCCACCUCGUCCUCAAAGAACCCAUGGUCCUCGGUCACGAGUCCAGUGGGAUAAUUAUCUCCGUCGGACCGGGUGUCACAUCGCUCAAACCUGGCGACCGUGUAGCUCUUGAACCGGGUGUUCCAUGUCGGCAAUGCGAGGCCUGCAAAGGUGGCAAAUAUAACUUGUGCGAUGACAUGAGGUUCGCAGCGACGCCGCCGUAUGAUGGCACCCUAGCGAAGUAUUACAUUUUGCCAGAGGACUUUUGCUAUAAGAUCCCAGAGAGUAUGGAUCUACAAGAGGCUGCACUGAUGGAGCCGUUGAGCGUCGCUGUGCAUAUCACGAAGCAAGGAGCAGUGAAGCCCGGCGAUCAGGUCGUUGUUUUUGGCGCUGGUCCUGUGGGAUUGUUGUGCUGCGCGGUUGCCAGGGCAUUUGGUGCGUCGAAGGUCAUUGCUGUGGAUGUUCAACAGGUUCGAUUGCAUUUUGCUAGGAAGUACGCAGCGACGGCGACAUUCAUGCCAGGUUCCAUUCCCGCGGCGGAAAAUGCGCAAAGGCUGAAGGAGCAGUGUGGCUUGGGUCGUGGUGCGGAUGUUGUGCUUGAUGCAUCGGGCGCUGAGCCUUCCGCACAAACAGGAAUUCAUGCUUUGAGACCGGGUGGAAUAUACGUGCAAGGCGGCAUGGGAAGGGCCGAGUUUUCUGUUCCAAUCAUGGUCGUAUGCACGAGGGAGAUUAGUGUGAAGGGAAGCUUUCGUUACAGCAGCGGUGAUUACAAGCUUGCUCUAGAGCUUGUUGAGACAGGAAAAAUCAACGUUAGGGAUUUGAUCACGAAAGUCGUCCGCUUCACCGAUGCAGAGCAGGCAAUCAUCGAGGUCAAGGCAGGCAAAGGAAUCAAGACAUUAAUCUCUGGAGUAGAGGAUUAG